AUGAAAAUGAUCCGUCGACAGUGAUAACCGGCACCACGACGACAUGGCUACUGUCAAAGUAACGGAGCAAAAGGUUAUCUUAUGCGGCGAAUACGGCGUCGGCAAGACAUCUAUAUUUCGACGCUUUGCAAACAAUACGUUUGUAGCUAGCAACGAUCGUAAAUCAACUCUGGGUCUCGACAACAUCGACAAAGAGUACGUUGUUGAGGAUAGACGAAUACGUUUGCAAUUAUGGGACACUGGUGGUAUGGAAAGAGUAGCAUCUGUUACUUCGAGUUAUUACAAGUUUGCAGAAGCUGCCAUUCUUGUAUUCGCUCUGGAUAAUUCUACAUCGUUUCAUCUAUUAUCUCAACAUCUGCUCGAUAUAGUGACAUAUGCAGAAAAUGCAAAAAUAUUCCUUUGUGGAAAUAAAAGUGAUUUGGAGAGUAUUGCGCCACAAGUCACAGAUGCAGAGAUGGAACAAUUUUGUGAACAGUGUCAUAAUCUAAUUUCGGGAAUAUACAAAACAUCGUGCAAAACUGGCGAAGGGGUAAAUGAAAUGUUUGAAGAUAUAGCGCAACAUUUGGUCGAAGCCAAUCGAUCGCGAAUGGAGCUGCAUGAGAUGGAUAAGGAUCGAUUUAAGAUUUCGUACAUCGAUGAAGCAGCCGAUCCAUCGUGUCUAUGUUAAUUUGCGGAUUAAGAGUCAACAAACAAAGCAUCCAUUUUUUGAGUCUCCAGAAAUUGUAUUGUUACCGUCACUGACAUUGUCAACGUGAAAGAAACUAAUGACAUUUUUUUGUAUCAAGCAAUUAUUGUAAAUGAUUUUUCUACGACGAAAAGUCAUGUGUAUCAUUAAAAGCAGACAGCAUCAUCCUCAUGAGGGAUGGAAGCGAAUUUUAUGAAUACAUAAACGACGAACUGCGAUCAGGAUAGGUCAGAUCUAAAAUAUAUAAUGGUAAAAAUUUUCAAGUAAAACUUUAUUACGCCUGAGAAUCUUAUCUUAAUCAGCUCAAUUCGACCUCUUUAUUGAUGUGACUUACACGAUCGUUAUAUCACAUUAUAUGUUUAAUCAGUACACAAACUAUAUACUUAAGAUUGUGUAACAGCAAUAUUCCCAUAACGAGGGCACUAGUGUUGAGUCCAUUUGAUAGUCUUCAAGUCGAUGCCAUCUUCCACCAUUUCCCACAAUGGACUGCGAAAGAUGGAGCAAAUCAAAGCGAGGAUUAAAAUUUUAGCAUUCUACUUGACGCAUUUACGUCAUUGGACACCGUCAUUGAACCGUCACUGCUAAUAAAUAUAUGUAGAAACAGAUAGAGGUAAUCACAAUAUCUCAGAAACGUCCAACGAUCGAGUCGUUUCCACGUCGUGAAACAUGUGAUUAUAAGUUUUUAAUAUUAAGGCCAAAGUAAUGCAUAUGUAAGCCUAGAGUAUAAAUCGUUUCAUUUUUCAUCGCACUUGAAAUAAAUGUUUUUUUACGAUAA